AUGGCCAUGCAGCUAUCCUCCAAGGGCAUCCAACCUUCUCAACAGAAAGUUGAUGCAGUUAAGUACUUUAAAACCCUCAACAACGAAUCCGAAGUGAAGAGCUUUCUCGGUCUCAUCAACUCUCUCGCUCGAUUCACGCCCAACCUUGCCUCUGAAGCGGAACCCCUCCGACGCCUCACACGCUUAGGUAAUAAGUGGAUCUGGGGACCAGAUCAGCAGAAAUCCUUCCAUAGCCUGAAGAACAGCAUUUCGCGGGCCUCAUGCCUUGUCUUCUUUGACAAAGAUCGUAAAACUGAGCUUCGAGUAGACGCCUCGCCUGUGGGACUGGGAGCCAUUCUGUGUCAAAUCCAGGGAGAUGGAACUUCGCGACCAGUUGCCUACGCUAGCCGGUCGCUAAGCGAUGUCGAGCGAAGCUACAGCCAGAUCGAAAGGGAAGCACUCGCCGUCAAAUUCGGCUGUUUGAAGUUCGACCACUAUCUCAGCGGUGACCCAGAUUUCACCAUCAUAACCGACCACAAGCCACUGCUUGGUCUCUACAAGCCCCCGACCUCCUCCACGCAUCGAGCGUUGGGCACUGCGCAUUCAACAUCUCAAUUUUCGACUUCGUUACGAACCGGGUCCAAAGAACGCCGCCGAUGUAUUUUCAAGACAACCGACUCCACCCCGAGCUCGAGCUCACGUCAAUCCCAGCGAACAUGUGGAUACCAGAAUGAUCAAUGCCAUCACCACAGCGUCACUGCCACAAGCCUGCACCAUCGAACAAGUAAAAGAAGCCACAGCAAAGGACGCGACGCUUCAAACAGUCCUCAAGUCUCUCCAGUUAGGCACCUGGAACAAAGACCUGGGUCUCUUUUUUAG